AUGGCGUUCAGCGGACGCAAAUUCUCCAUCAACCGCCAUACUGGCGUCCCCAAGCCUGUCGUUCGACGGGGCAGCUUCACUGCUGAGCCUGGUCUGAAUGAAAUCCAGUCCAAGGUUCAUCGACAGUUCCGCAAUGCCCACGAGGGCCACAUGCCCCACGCCGGUCUCGAUGCCAGCCGAUCCUCGACCGGUGUCGUCUGGUGCACGGAGCGCGCCUCCGAGUAUGGCUUCCUCGAGGACCCCGACAGCUGGGCCAACCUGGGCCAGGGUGCCCCUGAGGUCGAAGAUGAGAUCGCCGGCUGCUUCGAGCGCCCCAAGACCAUCGACAUCUCCAUGGCCGGCCGAGAGUACGGUCCCACCGCCGGUAUCAAGCCCCUCCGAGAAGCUGUCGCCAACCUCUACAAUGAGCACCAUCGCCAGGGCAAGGACAGCUUAUACACCUGGGAGAACGUGGCCAUCGUCCCUGGUGGUCGCGCCGGUCUGAUCCGUAUCGCUGCUGUUCUGGGCAACUCGUACCUGAGUUUCUUCUUGCCCGACUACACUGCCUACAAUGAAAUGCUGAGUCUCUUCAAGAACUUUGCCGCCAUUCCUGUGCCUCUCUCCGAGGAGGAUGGCUACCAUAUCCACCCCGACAAGAUCGCCGAAGAAAUUGCCCGUGGUACUUCAGUCAUCCUGACCUCCAACCCCCGUAACCCUACCGGCCGAGUCGUUGCCAAUCCCGAACUGGCUGAGAUCCAGGAUAUCUGCCGUGGUCGCGCCACCCUGAUCAGCGAUGAGUUCUACUCUGGUUACAACUACACAAGCAACUGCGAUGGAACCACCAUCUCCGCUGCUGAGAACGUCGAGGAUGUCAACGAGGACGAUGUUCUCAUCAUUGAUGGUCUCACCAAGCGAUUCCGUCUUCCUGGAUGGAGAAUCGCAUGGAUCGUUGGUCCCAAGGAAUACAUUGCCGCUAUCGGUUCCUGCGGUAGUUAUCUGGAUGGUGGUGCCGCCCAUCCCUUCCAGGAGGCUGCUGUCCCCAUGCUCAAGCCCGACCUCGUCACAAAGGAAAUGAUUGCUCUCCAGACUCACUUCCGCUACAAGCGUGAUCUCGUCGUCCGACGUCUCCGGGAGAUGGGUUUCGUUAUCAAAUACGUCCCUGACUCCACUUUCUACCUCUGGCUGAACCUGGAGGGUCUCCCUGGCCCCAUCUCUGACGGCCUGAACUUCUUCCAGGCAUGCUUGGAAGAGAAGGUCAUUGUCGUCCCUGGUAUCUUCUUCGAUCUCAACCCCUCACGCCGUCGUGAUCUCUUCGACAGUCCCUGCCACCACUUCGUGCGUUUCUCGUACGGCCCCAGAAUCGAGGUCCUCGAGAUGGGACUUGACGCCAUCGAGCGCGUUGUGAACAAGCACCGCCGCGCCGCCUAA